UAGGAGAGGCCACUGGGGACGUGCCUCUGAGUCCCCGCCCCUUCUGUCACGCUUCCAGCCCAGGCUGGGGGCGGAACCUCGCAGAUUCCCCCGCUGAAGCUAUGCGGCAGCCGGCGGUACGCCUGGUGCUGCUGGGCCGGGUACCCUACAACGAGCUGCUGGCCCUGCAGGAGCGCUGGUUGCGGCGGCUGCAGGCCGAGCCAGGCACUGAGGCCAUCUCAGGGACUGAGGCGGGCGCACUCCUGCUCUGCGAGCCCGCGGGGCCCGUGUACACGUCCGGGCUGCGCGGCGGCCUGACGCCGGAGGAGACGGCGCGGCUGCGGGCUUUGGGCGCCGAGGUACGCACCACAGGCCGCGGCGGCCUGGCCACCUUCCAUGGCCCAGGCCAGCUGCUCUGCUACCCAGUCCUAGACCUGAGACGCCUGGGCCUGCGCCUGCGCACCCACGUAGCGGCGCUGGAGGGGUGCGCCGUGCGCCUGUGCGAGCUCCAGAACUUGCGGGGCGCCCGCGCCCGGCCUCCACCCUACACCGGCGUUUGGCUCGGGGAGCGCAAGAUCUGCGCAAUAGGAGUCCGCUGUGGAAGGCACAUCACAUCCCACGGCCUGGCUCUGAACUGUUCUACAGACCUUGUGUGGUUUGAUCACAUUGUCCCCUGCGGGCUGGUUGGGACAGGUGUCACCUCUCUGAGUGAGGAGCUCCAAAGGCAUGUCACUGUGGAUGAAGUAAUACCACCUUUCCUUGACGCCUUUAAAGAGACCUACAAGUGCACGUUGAUCUCAGAAAACCGCUCCAACUGAUGAGUGUUCAUGUUAUCACAGUUGGGAGGUCCUGCUUGAAAAGCACCCAGACUGACUUGGUAGUCACUGAAACCCAGAUUCUAGAGUUGGCCCUGUCAUUCAUUCACCAUGAGACUAUGAGCGAAGUAUGAGCUCUUAGCCAUUGUUUCCCUAUGUCUGCUGGCUUAUUUAUAUCUUCUCACCUACCUCAGAUAUGGUAGAUGCAAAAGCAUUAUGAAAAGCAACACAUGAUGUAUAAAUAGAAGACAUUAGCACUACUAUUCACCCCGCAUUUUCUCAGCUUAGAGAAACUCAGAUAUAGAGAAUCAGUUUUCAAGUAUUUAUCACUUUCUAAAUAUUGCAUUUUAUUUGGUGAUUCUGGGCUCUGGUUCCUUUGAUUUUGUGGGGAAUCAUAUCUCUAGAUAGCCCAGGUGAAAGUGAUAUGGUGGGGAGCUUUCUGCAAUAAAAGGAAAAGGGAAAGGAAUCUUUAAAGAAUAAAAUGGGAUCUUGACUUCCUGCAUUGGAUUGCCAAGCUUGAUAGCUAUUUUUAGUUAGGUAACCUGAGCCAGACCAGAGGCCAGGAAAAGACAAGAAUAAUUUCUCACACUGUACAAAUGCCAAAGGUAGAAGUAAGUUUUCCUUAAGUGAGAUCUCUAAAUUUAUAAGGCUGUGUAUUAACUACUCAUUGCUAUGUAACAAAUCACCCCAAAACUUAAUGACUUAAAGCAAUAAACAUUAUCUCAUAUA